AAUAUAUAUUGAAUUCAAAUCAGCAUGAAAUACUAUCUAAGGAGGUAGGAGGUGAUCACAUCAAGUAUUGGCCGGCGUUAGUUCAUCAACGUUCAAGAGCUGAUAUUGACAAUUUUAGAGAUAACGAUAACGAUUAUGUAGUACUUUAUGUUUUGCAGCCAUUGAUGUUACCUGGGACAAUGAAAUUACCACAUAAAGCCAUUCUACCAUGGUUAGCACACAAUCCCUCAGACUUAACACAGAUGGUCGAAGAUGGAAUACACAACAAUAUCCAUAUUCAGUCACUUGAUAGUUCAAGUCAUAUUCAAUCACUUGAUAGUUCAGACCAAAAUCAUGUUCAAUCACUUGAGAGUCCAAAUAAUAUUCAAUCGCCCGAGAGUUCAAAUAAUAUUCAAUCGCUUGAGAGUUCAAAUAAUAUUCGGUCAGUUGAUAGUUCAAAUGAUAUUCAAUCACUUAAACAGAAUGAAUUGGUCAGCGCUUAUCUUAAAGCUAUUGCUUUAGCAAGAAGAGUUGCUUCAACGUAUACUCCAUUGCAACAAUAUAAAUAUAUG